AUGAAAAAUUCCAGUGUUCCAGUGUUACCGAUUUAUUUUAAUGUAGCUGAGUAUUGUUUAUUUGGUAUAAUAGUUGGUGUUAUUGUAGGAAUUAUAGUUUAUUAUGUAUUCGUUAACAAUAAGUACAAUACAGUGUCUGGAUUUUUGUUUGGAGGAAAAAAUAUGUCUAUCAUUUCUAUAUCGUUGGCCCUUACAGCAAGUCACCUUACAAGCAUAACGUUACUCGGAGUUCCAGUCGAGAUAUAUCUGCGUGGUACUCAGUACUGGGCGUCGGCUUUAUCACUUAUCUUUGUCACUUUCUUAACAGCUGUAAUUUAUUUGCCAGUUUUUCACAGGCUGCAGUUGUCUUCGAGUUUUGAAUAUUUAGAAAUAAGGUUUUCGACUCACAUACGUACUAUAGCAGCGGUUCUGUUUGUUGUUAGUAAACUGAUGUUGCUGCCGAUUGUUCCCUACGUCCCACUAUUGGCUUUCAGAUUAGUAACUAACGCGGAAGCGAGCCGUAUUACUGCCGCUUUAUGCGUUGCUUGCUCGACAUUUAUAGCUGUGGGAGGUUUACGAGCAAUAGUUAGCAUCGGAAUAGUGACAACAUUUUUAGCAUUUGCCGGUACAGCGUUACCGAGUGGGCUGGCGUUACUGCCGAUGGGAUUCAAGAAAAUGUGGGAUGUCGCUAAUCAUGGCAGUAGACUGGUUUUAUACGACCCUGAUCCUGAAAUCGCUCACCACACAUCUUUCUUUGUUGUAACUUUAGCACUAAGUACAAACUGGUUGUGGAAGAUAGCACUAAGCCAGUCUUCAUUGCAGAAGUUAUUAGCCGUUCCUACCAUAAGCAAAGCCAGAAUAUGCCUUACAAUAUCCUGUUUUGGUGUAAUAUUAAUGAAACUGUUAUCUUGUUUCCUUGGACUAGUUUUGUACGCUUGGUUUGCUGGCUGUGAUCCAUUACUUACAGGACAAAUAAAAAAACACGAACAGCUGGUACCGCAUUUUUUAAAUAAUUUAUCAACGAUGUUUCCAGGAAUAUGUGGCAUCUUUAUUAUAUCUAUCUUUAGUGCAACAGCAUGUUGUAUUGCGUCUAUCAUUAAUUCAGUGUCUGGGGUUGUAUUUGAAGAAUUCAUAAGACCGUGGAUGCCAGAGAGUACAAAUGAAAUAGCUUGCUGUAGAAUUAUGAAGUUUCUCUGCAUAGUGGUUGGUCUUUACUGUGGAACUGUAAUAUGGUUAGUGCUGGAAUUAGACCGUCUGCAACAUGUAGCUUCGGGCGUUACUGGAGUUACAGCUGGAACACUGUUGGGCAUAUUUACUUUAGGGAUAGUCUUCUCAAGAGCAAAUUGUUCCGGUGCGUUAAGCGGCUGCCUCUUAAGUUUGCUACUCUGUGGCUGGCUUCUCGUGGGGGCUGAAAAUGCUUUAGCCACGGGGGCAUUAACCUUUCAGGGUAAACCGCUAGUAACGUCAGGAUGCGGCAAAACUAACUUUACGCAUAUUCUGAAUGUGACAACUAUUAUUCCUGUAGCAUUAAUGCCAAAGAAGCCGUUGCAGUCAUUGUUCCGUAUAUCUUUUACCUAUUGUCCAUUCGCUGGAGCUAUAACGGUUCUCCUCAUUGGAGUGCCCAUGAGCUAUCUCACAGGAAAAUCAAAAACCGAUUCAAUGAACCCAGACGUCUUUUGUCCUCUCACACAAAGCUUUUUACACAGACUUCCAGAUAGAAGUAAUUCAGUCUCCUUGGAACUUCGACCAGCUAAUACCCAGGAAGUCUACAUGGCUUUGGACGAAGCUUUGAAACAUUUGAAAGAAGUUAUAGAUAAGAAAUAA